AUGGCAUUCUUCACACAAGACGACUUCAACUACCACCCAGUAGGUGAGGAUUCAGGUACCGAAAAGGCGACACGGAAUCACCCGGGUAUUUCAAGGCUCCCUUGGCUCUUGUGCUGCUUUAUUUCUGUGUUGGCAUUCGCUGUCGGCGCUCUUGUUGGGGUCUUUGUCCUGGCACCACAACCAUCUCGCCUCGCGACGAGCAUGCAGCAACGUCCCUCCCGCAUUCCAACACCCGAUAUCGACAUCGACGUCAUCCCGCAAACUUUCCACUAUAACCGGACGUUUGGAGAAGCCCCCGACCACAAAGGUACUUUGGAGGCGUGGGAGUCUGUCGUGCCCGUUGGGCAGGGCACCGUACGAUUCCCCUCGGAGAGCCACAAUCUGUACACCCUGUCGGUGGUGCAUCAGCUUCACUGCCUUUGGUCGAUUCACGGCAGCUACUACAGCAAGGCGAACGACGAGUCUGACGCGGGCCACGGUGCCGCGCAUAUGCGCCACUGUUUCGAUUAUCUGCGACAAGGUCUGAUGUGCGCCAGCGACACGUCACUGGAACCUGUCGACCCCGAUCUCGGCGGCGUCACGGGCUGGGGCAGCGAGAGGGUUUGUCGCGACUACAGGCAGGUUGUUGCCUGGGCCGAGGAUCACAGGGUGAGCAACCUGCGAGGGUUCCAGCAGACCCCUCAUCACCACCAUGGAUGA